CGGAAGCGGAAGUGGCGGUAUUGCGGCGCUGGCUUGCGCAGGCUAUGAAAACGUCACAAAGGCAACGGCACAGAAUAGAAGAUAUAGGGUUUUUAUUCUGUGUAUAGGGGCAACGGUGCCAUCACCUGCCACCACCACCAGAGGUCCCAUCACGGUUAAAAUAUACAAGCACAAAAUAAAAUGGCUUUUGGUAGUUUUAAAAAUGUUUUAGCAGCAUUUACUCGUCGAAAAGCGAUCGAAAGUACCUUCGAGUCGCCGCUACGUCGUUGUCUAGUUUUCUGGGACCUAUUUUUACUCGGGGUCGGCGGCUCAGUCGAUGUGGCGUUGUACAUUGUAUUAGGAAAUGUGGUAAGAGAUUUCUGCGGCCCAUCAAUCGUCAUCUCUAUGAUAAUUGGCUUUUUUCUGUGCUUUGUAAGUGGAUUAUGCUACGCCGAGUUUGCCUCCUAUGUGCCAACAUCUGGGUCAGAUUACGACUAUGUGUACUCAGCUUUGGGGGAGCUCUGUGGCUUUCUGGACGGAUGGUCCAUUUUAAUUGGUUCUGUGAUUGCCACUGCUGCGCUGGCGCAAGGUGCCGCAGAUUUGAUGAGGUCACUUACUGAUUCAGUUACAUUCAAUUAUUUGGAUGCUCAUGCCACCCUACCUGACCAUGCCCUGCUUGCCCCCAAUGUGAACAUUGUUGCUGCAGCACUUAUUAUACUUGUAACCAUUAUUACUGCAAUGGGCGUCCAAAGUUCAGUGCGGAUCAACGAUGGUAUUGUUGCAAUUAAUUUAUUGGUCAUCGUGUUUACAUUCGUUACUGGACUUGUGUACAUCGAUUUUGACCACUGGUCGGGCUGGGACAACUUUGCUCCAUAUAGCGUUAACGGUAUCCUAAAGUCACUACCGUUUACCAUAUUUUUUUACGGUGGGUUUGUUUGUAUAACUUUCUCUACUGAAGAAGUUAUAAACCCACAGAAGAUUUUACCUAAGUCUAUAAUGGCCUCGUUAAUUGGUAUAUUCACUUGCUUUUUCUGCAUUGGGACUGUACUAAGUUUGAUUAUCCCAUAUAACCAACUAUCGACAGUGUCUCCCUUGUCUGAUGCUUUUGCAAUGGUCGCAUUCAAACAGUCGAAAUAUGUCAUAGCAUUUGGUGGAUUUUGUUCCUGUUUUAGUUCUGUUCUUACCGCAUGUUAUGCAAACUCUCGUCUAACAUACGUCAUGGCAAGAGACGGCUUGCUAGUGAGUUUUCUUCACAAAGUUAACAAGCAAUCAUUAGUACCAAUCCAAGCAGUUUUGGUCACUGGCUUCAUAGCGACUAUACUAACAGCAUUUGUUGAUUUAACGAUCUUAAUUGAGAUAUGUUCCAUACUAACAUUAUUACCAUAUGUGACAUUGGCCAUCACUGUGAUACUACUACGAUACAAAGAACAUGGUGCUAACGAUGUAGUGGACAUUAAUUGUGAUGAUGAAGCACAACCUAACAAUACAGAGUCGCAUCAAAUUGCUUCAGCCACAGACAACUUAAUGAAUGGUCAUCCACUGUUAUCACAAAUGAACAUUUUAUUCGGAAGAAAAGCCAAGUCAACAAUUAUAAUUGCAUUAGUAGUACUAUUCCUAUCAUCAGCUGCUAUAUCUUUGGUUAUUCGUUUUGGGAUAUCCUACAAACUCGAAACACCCCUCUUUGUUGCCCUAAGUAUUAUUUUCACCAUCCCACUGUUGGCAUCUAUGGUGGUUAUAUACAGAACUCCGCAUCAAAUAUUAAAGUUUCCAUUUACAAUCCCAAUGUUUCCAAUGCUGCCGACUGUCUGCCUUGCUGCAUGUACAUUUGUCAUGUUUCAGUUUAGUAUGUGGGCAUGGAUACUGUUUGUCAUCAAUACUGUAUUUGGUAUGUAUUUGAAAUGGUAGGAUAGGUCUUAUUCACCCCAGCAAGCCACAAUGAACCAUGCUUAACCAGUUAACCCAUUACUUAACUCAGGUUACAAAUCAAUCAAGCUGAUUGAUAUUGAUUACUAUUCACGUUUUAUUUUAACGGGAGGGCACCUUGCAUGGGCACUUCAGUCCUCCUUUGCUGAUUGGUUAACUUUCAAUAUAUAUUUGUACAUAUUUAUUAAAUAUUUAACCAAU